UAUCAUUGAAUCCACCGGAAGUGAAAUUGUAAGGUUGUGUGCGACAGCGAAAACCGAAAAUGUCAGAAAGUAAAACAUUUAGUUUAAAAGAAGUCAAGAGUCAUAACGACUCGAAAUCAACAUAUCUUGUUAUAUAUGACAAAGUGUACGAUGUGACAAAGUUUCUGGAAGAACAUCCUGGAGGUGAAGAAGUACUUCUAGAACAGGCAGGAGGUGAUGCUACCGAUGCGUUUGAAGAUGUUGGACAUUCAACAGAUGCCAGAGAAUUGAUGAAAGAUUAUUUAAUUGGUGAUAUAGUGGAGUCUGAAAGAAAGAACAGAGCUGUACAGGAAAGGUUAACUCCUGCUGCACCACAGACACAAUCAAAUGGCUGGUCAGGCUGGCUGAUACCACUUGGAAUUGCAAUAGCAGCAGCACUUGUUUAUAGAUUGGUAAUAGCACCAAGCGGCGCAUAAUGUCAUUUCCAUCUAAGUUACAAAGUAAUAUAUUGAAGACUUUUACAUGGGAUAUGAAAGCAGAGUUUUCUGUGACUUUUGGAAGGAACAUUAAUGUGAGAGACGCAGUCAAACAACUUUUGCAAAUAAUGAACAUUGUUCAGCCCUAGAAAUAUUUAUAUACAUUACAAAUUGGAAUACAUGUAUAAUGAAACAGCGUACAUUUUCAGAUGAUUAAGCUCUUUUUUUUUUUUUUUAAAGACCGUGUCAAAGCACUUAGGCUACUAAAAUAAAUAAAUGAAAUAAAAGUAUGUUUUAAUUUUUGAAAAAAUUAUAUCUCACAGUUUUUGUCACUGAUACAGAUUUUUUUUUAAUUGUGAGCUUGUUAUUCAUUUGUUUAACUCUGUAAUAAAUAAGCAUGCAUAUGAAAUGAAAGGCAAAAGUUAAUAGAUGUGUAUUAUUCCAUGUAAAUAUUUUAAUGUUUACGCAGGACCAAUAAAUCCAAUGUUCUGGUGAUUGUGCUAAAUUCCAAAACGGCUGUUGUCAGUCAAAUUUCUAAGUCAUAAAUUUAGACAGAAGUCCAGUGCUAAUUAUUAUUUAAUUUAGUAUUUACUGGUGGUGCAGACAUUUUGCUUUAAUAUUAAACAGUAUGGUAUCAUAAUUUAGCUUUAAUGUCAAGGUGAAAAGAAUGCAAUUUUACUGUCUGAAUUUUUGACUUGGAAAUAUUAUGAAUAUAAUCCAUUAUGAUUCAGUCAUAUUUUACAUGAUUCUUUUUGUUUUGAUUUUUUACACAUUUACAUUGUGUAAAUUGUUGCAUAUAAGUUGUUGCAUAUAAAAUGUAAUCAGUUAGGCUAUAUUUCACACCUAAUUAACCACUUGAAUAGGGCCCAUGGUUAUAGGAGAGAUCGCCGUGAUGUCACGCCUUAACAUACGUUUAUCUGGUGGUUGGCAAAACAAAUGUUUUCACACCGUUUGCGUAUUGAAUCAGAAUUUUUAAUUUUUAAUAACUUUUUUGCUCAUUUAUGGAUUUUCAAAAUUCAAAAAGAUUUGAAAUACUACCAAUUUUCAUAUUUUUGUGUCCAAAUAUCUUUUUUCAGUGAAUAACCGUUUUAAAUGACAUAUAAUUUUAAAAAGCGGCGUAGUGAUGUUCACAACCUUUAGAAAAACAGUGUAAGUUAAGCGUUCAUAAUUAAUCCAUUUUAUUUCGAAAUAACAAUUAAAAGUCAUCAAUAAAUUGCUUGUUUUAUAACCUUUCCUUUGAUCAAAAAAAUGUUUAUGUAAUUUGUGUUUUUAGAAAGUUUAGACCAUUAGAAAAACAUCACUGUUUACAAAAAAAAACAUGGACGAUCGACUUCUGCCCACCCGAUCACUGUCUUAUCAGUUCUAAAAAUAGAAAAUACACCUGAUUUGUAUACAAACACGAUCUCUCCUAUAAAUCUGAGUUGGAGACAAGUCCCGAUACACCAACAAUAUUUCAGAGCAUAACUUUGAAAUUGACCAAUGGCAAGGCCGCAUUCACGGUCUGGUUUCAAAACUCAAUUUAUAACCUGUGAACCAGUCUUACAUUGUGAUAGAAAUAAAAUAUUAUGUGAAAAAAAAAGUUGUUCUUGUCUAGUGUCAACCUUAAAGAAUGCCUGUUAAAUGUUGAUAUUUUUGAUUAAAUAUACAAAAAUAUUCUUUGGAAGCCUACGACACAAACAUACAAAAAAGGAAUUAAAUUAUGGGGAGUUGAAUAUUUAACGUUUGUAACCUUACUUUCAGUCCCAAUACGUUGAUGGUUUUUGACUAAGUAAUAUGACAUCUAUCUGCUGUUACAUUCUUCCAAUUUAAAAGUACUCUGCUUUAGAAAAAAUAGCUAUCAUUAACAAGUAACCAGAUACUUGUAGGCAAGUUUUGGAAGUUUCUGCAUGGACUUUGCUUUUUAAUAAAUAUUUUGUAGAUUAGCUUGUCAGUAUUACAGUUUACAACCAUGCUUGUAAUUUUAUGACCUUCAAAAAACCUGAAACCAUUUUUAUAAUGUGAAAGUGUUGAGAAUCCGUAAAUUUGUCUGUGAAAAUAUUUUGAAUUUUUUCUGAUUUCUCUAUGAAAUUUCUGGAAGUGUUGAAAGAAAAAAUCAGAACAUUUCAGUGCAGUUGUAGAUAUUUUUCAGUAUUUUCAUAAAACAUCUUUAGUGUUUUACAAACCUUGAAAGUUGAAACAUCUUUGAAAAGAAGAUCGUUUGAAUGUCCCAAUGAAGUAUUGAAGAAUGGCUGGUGUUUAUAUGAUGUUGUUAACUGCAGUUGUGAUUUAUUUAUGUUUUAAAGGAAUACCAUAUACAUGAAUUUGUUAAUGGAUACAUAUACUAGUUAGAUAUGACAUUAAAUAAUGAUCUUUGAUAAAGAUCAUAAGAACAGA